UGACCAAUAAUGGUGGAUCUUGCCCAGAAGCAUUAUCUCUAAAAUACAAAUCCUCAAUUUUCCUCUCUUUCUUCCUUAAAUCUUUCAACAAAAAAUGGAUAAGAACGAAUUCAUCUCUCUUAGAGAUGGUCCAUUUCCUUGUAGAUUUCGUUAUAUAUCAGAAGAUAACAUUCAACAAACAUCAAUUAGUGCCAAAAAUCAUCAACCAAACCAUAAAAUUGAUGAAAUAGAAAGAAUUGGCAGUAAUGAGCGAAAACAUUUCAGCCAUCGACAUAACUUGUUAAUGUACUCGUUACGAGCAUCAGAUUUUGUUCACUGCUAUUUUUGCGAGACAAUUAUUUCAGGCAUGGCGUAUGGUUGCAAACGUUGUAGAUAUUUUCUACACGAAUCCUGUUCUGAAUUCCCACAACUUAUUGAACAUUUAUCUCACCCUGGCCAUCAAUUAACCCUCAAGUACACUCCCAUUGAUAGUGGCUAUAUUUGCAAAGCAUGUCAUGUUGGUGACAAUCCUGCUUUGUUAUUUAACUUUCAUUAUUCUUGUAAUCUCUGUGAUUUUGCUAUUCAUAUGGGUUGUGCUUCUAUGCCUUGUAAAGUUUUUCACAAGGAAACAGGACUUUCCCUUUUCUACUCAAAUCCUUUGAAAAAUGAAGCUGGACCACUCCUUUGUGAUAUUUGUAACCAUUCAAUAAACAAGACCAAUUCUUGGGUAUAUUAUGACCAUAGUCAUAAUUUCAUAACCCAUUUUGGUUGUGCUGCUGAUUCUAUAUAUGGAAAAGGGAAAGAUGAUAAAUCUUAUAUUAUGGGUGUGAAAACUGGAUUGACAAAUCUUGACGGAGAUGAUACUUCUAUAGUUCACUAUCAAAAAUAUGAUGAUGGAAAAAAAGAUGAGCGAUUCUUUCACAGACAUGGUUUGCAUUUAUUGGAUCGUUCACAAGAUAAUAUUGUCAAGAAUCGUAAAUGUGGAAUAUGUGGAUUAGAUCUAAGUACAGAUAAGAAAAAAGGAUGUUCUACUUGUGAUUAUAUAAUUCACGAGAGAUGUUCUCACUUGCCUGAGAAAAUUCAACAUCCAUUUCAUCCACAUACACUUACACUUGUUCCGAAAAAAGAUGGAGUUGAAGUUCAAUGCAAUGGUUGUCGUGGUUGUCACACCAACUACACAGUUCUUUAUCACUGCAAGAUUUGUGAUUUUCAACUUCAUCCAUCUUGUGCAGCUUGUCCAAGGAGAUUGAAAAAGCUUGAUUUGACGUUAUGCUACGAAUUUCCUUAUAAGAAUGAGGUCUCAAAAUUAUUUUGCAACUAUUGCUCAAAAGUCAUCAACAAGGAUCAAUGGCUGUAUUAUGGAAGAAGUAAGGACGAGAAGAGACAUAUUACUUGUCAACUUGCUGUUGGUGUUUCAAAUUGCUAUGUCACAUUACGCGAUUUAGAGAUCGAGCCAUGAAUAGCAAGAAGUCAGUCAUAUUCCAUAUUUCAAUAUUGGAAAGGUAGGACAGUUCCAACCUUAAGACUAGGUCCUCUUUGGGUUUCAUAGAAAUGCUUCAUUUGUUUUAUUUUAUGAAUAAAUUAGAAUGAAUGGAAAUGUAUUUAGGGAAAUUAUGUUUUUUGCCACGAAAAAAUAUAUGUAACUAGAUGACUAUAAUUUUUUCCGUCUCUUUAUGUAACCUUUGUUUUCCAAGAACCAGGUCCUCUCUAAUAGUGUCCAAAAUAGAAACUUCCAUUGUAAUCUAAAUUCGUCUAUUAUUUUAUUUUAUUUUGAUUUAUUA